GUCUGCUCCAGCUCCUACCCAAGGUCCCACCAGUGCUGGGGCUGCAGGGCCACCUCCUGCUACCAAUGUGUCAAGCAACAAACGGCUGCAGCAGACUCAAGCCCGGGUGGAUGAGGUGGUAGACAUUAUGAGAAUGAACGUGGACAAGGUGCUAGAAAGAGACCAGAAGCUAUCAGAGCUUGACAACCGGGCAGAUGCAUUGCAAGCAGGUGCCUCACAGUUUGAAACCAGUGCAGCCAAACUGAAGAGAAAAUACUGGUGGAAAAAUUGCAAGAUGAUGAUCAUCCUUGGUGUAGUAUGUGCAGUCAUUCUUAUUAUAAUUAUAAGUGAGUAA